GGGCAAGCGCGGCUUCGCGUCGGCUUCAGCCCGGCAGGGAGCGCCGGGCGCGGCCGCCAUCUUGGCUGAGGGCACGGCCUCGGCGGGGCAGAGGGAGAAGAGAAUUCCACAAAAAUUCCACGGAGGAGCGGCCGGAGACCCGCGCGGCCAUGGGGAAGAUCGGGCUGCAGCUCCGCGCCACGCUGGAGAACAUCACCCGGCUGCGGGCCGAGGGCGAGGACUUCCGAUGCUGAAAUGUGCGAACUGCGGCGAAGUCUCUGAGAAGUGGCAGUACCUGCGGCUGAUGGACAGUGCUCCCCUGAAGGGCGGCCGAGGCAGCGCCACGAUGGUGCAGAAGUGCAAGCUGUGCUCCAGGGAGAACUCCAUCGAUAUUUUAAGUCAGACAAUCAAGCCUUACAAUGCUGAAGACAGUGAGAAAUUCAAGACAAUAGUGGAGUUUGAAUGCCGAGGUCUGGAACCGGUUGACUUUCAACCACAGGCAGGGUUUGCUGCUGAAGGUGCAGAAUCUGGCACACCUUUCAAUGACAUAAACCUGUUGGAAAAGGAUUGGAAUGACUAUGAUGAAAAAACAAAGGAAUCUGUUGGGAUCUAUGAAGUUACCCACAAAUUUGUAAAAUGCUGAAGUUCACAGCCCUAAUAAAUCUUGACAUGCUUAUUGAUGGAGGAGCUGUAUCCAUCAGAUACAAAGUUUCCUUGGAGUUCCUUUUUUUAUCUGGCUGCACUUCAGAAAUGGAAACCUAAGUUCAUAGAAUCAUUAAGGUUGGAAAAGACAUCCAAGAUCACCGAGUCUGACCUUUGGCCAACAUCACUAAAUUGUACUCACUGUCCCCAGCAUUCUCUAAUAAAAUAUUUUCCACAGAGCACUUGGAGAUGGCCUCAGUACAAACUGAAAAUAGUACAUACACCUGACUGAACUGUGCCAUUUUCUGAACACUUUUUUGAAAUAUAUACGGUUGUGGUGGACUGUAGCUUAACUACUGCACACAGUGACUGCUCAGACAACUUACAGCCCUAAAGGUUAUCAUGAAGAAAUGGCUAUGAGGAUUAGUAAGGUUUGUGUUAACUGUUCCAGGGAACAGCUACACCUUUAGUAGCUUUCUGCCACUUCAAGUAAAGACACUGAGCUGAGUGUACUGAGAACACUUACCAAGCUUGACUGCUGUUGACAUUUAC